CACAUGAAAGCUUGGCACAAGUUGAGCAACAUCUGUAAGCUGCAACUAUUGCAGUAUAGCUCAGCUGCGCCUGUGGUCAAACCUGCGUUCAGCUACUCUUUGGUGAACAUCUCUGCCUCUGCUUUGGUCUUCGCUUUCCAGAGAGUCCUUCUUUCCUCUUGGCUUCAUACUGAGGCAAGGAGCGCCUCUCGCAUCAAUGGAUUUGCGUAAACGGGUUUGGAGAGCGUGCGCAGCGGUGGCAGGCUUGGUGCUCGUUCUCAGCGAGCAUUGUCGGGGUGAGAUAAACUGGGAGGUGCCCCGCUUUGACGGCUGGUACAACAGUCUGGCGCAUCCGGAGCGCGGAGCCGUCGGUUCUCAUCUCGUGCGCCUCGUGCCCGCGCGCUACUGGGACGGAGUCUACCAGCCUGUGCACGAGCCGGUCCAGCCGAACGCACGCGGGCUGAGCAGGCAGCUGUCCCGGGGCCCCUCCGGUCUGCCCUCAGCACGCAACCGGACCGUGCUGUCUCUGUUCUUCGGUUACCACGUUGCUUUUGAAAUUUUUGACUUGAGAGCUCCUGGUUGUCCGCCUCAGUUCAUGAACAUCAAAGUGCCCAAAGGGGACCCCGUCUUUGACCGCAACGCCACUGGGAAAGUGCUGCUGCCUUUCCAGAGAGGACAAUGGGACAAAAAGUCCGGCCAGAGUCCCAGCAACCCACGCAUACAGGUGAACUCCGUGACAGCGUGGAUAGACGGCAGCUCCAUUUAUGGUCCUUCCUCUUCCUGGUCUGACUUCCUGAGAAGUUUCUCUGGAGGACUCUUGACUUCAGGGUCUGAGUGGAACAUGCCAAAACAGGGAGGCGGACGCAGCUUCAUGUGGAGCGCUCCCGAUCCCUCUACUGGAGAAAAUGGGCCUCAGGGUCUUUAUGAGUUGGGAAACGCCUGGGCCAACGAGAACGUGUUCACUGCAGCAGAGGGGAUUAUCUGGUUUCGCUACCACAAUUACGUUGCCACAAAGUUGCACAAGGAGCACCCGGAGUGGUCAGAUGAGAGGCUGUUUCAAAACGCCAGGAAGAUCGUGGUGGCCACAUUCCAGAACAUUGCUCUCUACGAGUGGUUGCCAGGUUUCCUUGGAGACAAAAAACUUCCCCCUUAUCCAGGCUACCAGAAGUUUGUCGACCCAGGGAUUUCUCCUGAGUUUCAAGCCGCUGCCAUACGGUUUGGCAUCACUAUGGCGCCCCCUGGUGUGUACAUGAGAAACAGAACGUGUCACUUUCGAAGAAUUAUCAACAUCGACGGCAGCUCUUCACCAGCAACGCGUCUCUGUAACAGCUUCUGGAAGCGGCAGAGUCCCAACAUGAAGACAAGUCAAGAUGUCGAUGAGCUUCUGAUGGGCAUGGCGUCUCAGAUUGCAGAAAGAGAAGACAACACUGUUGUGGAGGACCUCAGAGAUUACAUGUAUGGACCUCUGCGAUUCAGCCGCACGGAUCUGGUGGCUCUGACCAUCCAGAGAGGGAGAGACUUCGGUCUGCAAAGUUACACCGAGACAAGAAGAGCCCUAGAUCUGCCUCCUGUGAAGACGUUUGAAGAGAUCAAUCCCGAGCUCCACAACCCGCAGCUGCUGCGCGAUGUUGCAGAGCUGUACGGUGGCGACAUCUCGAAACUGGAGCUCUUCCCUGGUGGAUUGCUGGAGUCCAAUGACGGUCCCGGUCCAGUUUUCUCUGCCAUAAUCCUGGAUCAGUUCGAGCGCAUCAGAAACGGAGACCGCUUCUGGUUCGAGAACAAACAGAAUGGUCUGUUCACAGAUGAGGAGAUCCAGACAAUCCGCAGUGUCACAUAUCGUGAUGUCCUUAUAGCGGUCACAAGUGCAGAGCCCACCGAUUUACAGAGAAACGUGUUCUUUUGGAUGAAUGGUGACCCCUGUCCUCAGCCCACACAGCUGGAUGCAUCAAUGCUGCAUCCGUGCUCCAACGUUACAAAACUUGAUUAUUUUGACGGGAGCCAAGCUGGCUUUGCGAUCUCCAUCAUCGUUAUGUGUCUCUUCCCUGUUGUGAGCUUUCUGGUGGCGUACAUGGUCGCGUGUCUUCGGAAGUACAGGUACAGGAAGUUUCAGAGAAGAGGAGGAAAAGCUGGAGACAAAACAGAAGAGCCAACUCUGGGAAUCUCUGCGUAUGAGUGGCAGGGCCAUAAAAAGCUGCUGCAUCCAGUCAGUGUGGAGAUGGAGAACAGGAGGCUGCAGGUGCUUGACAGAUCCGGGGCCACGCACCGCUCCAUCAGUCUAAGAAACCAGGACUACAUGGACGUCUUUCUCUCCAGCAAUCUUCACCGUAAAGCUCUGCUGCUCAAAGUACCAAAAGAGUACGACCUGGUGCUGCUUUUCAAUGACGAGGGUAAACGUUCCGAUUUCGUCAGCCGCUUGCGCCUGGAGCUGGAGGACAUGAGGCAGGAGAUUAGAGUGAAGGAGAUGAGGGAGAGGGAACUGCUGAAGGAGGCUCUAACCAAAGAGCAGAGGGCUCAGAUUGUGGAAACUUUCAUUCGCCACGCUUUCUCUAAGGUUCUGGAAAUAGAGAAGUGCGACGCCGGAGACCUGAGCGGCAUCUCCCGAAAGCGAGCCAAAGAGGUCCUGCAGUGCGAGCUGAACGCGUCGGAGUUCGCUGACGCACUCGGACUGAAGCCCGACUGCUUGUUUGUGGACUCCAUGUUCACUCUGGCUGAUAGAGAUGGAAACGGUUACCUCUCUUUUCAGGAGUUUCUUGAUGUUAUAGUCAUCUUUAUGAAAGGGUCUCCAGAGGAAAAAUCCCAGCUCAUGUUCUCCAUGAAUGAUAUCGGUGGAACUGGUUACCUAUCGAAGGAGGAUUUCUCCAGGAUGCUCAGGUCUUUCAUUGAAAUCUCCAACGGCGUUCUGUCAAAGGCGCAGGCAGAGGACGGCAUCAAGGCCAUGAUGCAGGCUGCAGGCUUUGAUAACAAGGAGAAAAUCUCAUGGAGGGACUUUCACUCCCUCCUGCAGGACCAUGAGAAGGAGCUGCAGUUCGUUCAACUAAAUGUCAAAGGGAUGGAGAAACAGGGGAGGAAGCCACUGAGUCGAGACCAGAGGGUGUCCUUCAUCCUUCCAGCAAACAGGGGUAUUAAAUCAGAUGGACUGGAACUACGAAGACGGAAAAAGUUAAACGUCGCGGCCCCGACUGUCUACGUGAAGCCUAAACGCCAGCAGUACGUCAGGAACCCUUUCCAGCACAAAGUCCAGCAGUUCAAACGCUUCAUCGAGAACUACCGCCGUCACAUCGUCUGUUUCAUCGUCGUGUUUGGCAUCACGGCUGGCGUGAUAACAGAGAGAUGCUACUACUAUAGUUCGCAGGCAGAAGCCACCGGUGUGCCGGAGACUACCGUGAUGGGCAUCAUAGUCGCUCGCGGCACAGCGGCCGGAGUCUCCUUCCUGUUUCCCUACAUCCUCCUCACCGUGUGCCGUAACCUCAUCACCCUGUUAAGAGAGACCUUCCUGAACCGCUACAUCCCCUUCGACGCGGCCAUCGACUUGCACCGCAUCAUGGCCAUGACUGCCAUCGUCCUCUCAGUUGCUCAUAGCUUGGGCCACGUGGUCAACGUCUACAUGUUUUCCAUCAGCGACCUCAGCAUCCUUUCCUGUCUGUUCCCAAAAGUCAUAGCCAACAACGGGUCUGAAAUCCCUCCUAAGUGGUAUUGGUGGUUCUUCCAGACUGUUCCAGGAAUCACUGGGGUCCUGCUUCUCUUUGCCUGUGCAUUCAUGUAUGUUUUUGCCUCUCACUACUUCCGCCGCAUCAGUUUUCGUGGAUUUUGGAUCACUCAUUACCUCUACGUUGUUGUGUACAUCCUGACGGUCAUACACGGCAGCUACGCUCUGCUCCAGGAGCCUCGUUUCCACGUCUACCUCAUCCCGCCCAGCCUGCUCUUCCUGCUGGACAAACUGAUCAGCCUGAGCAGGAAAAAGGUGGAGAUCCCCGUCGUCAGAGCAGAGCUGCUGCCUUCAGGGGUGACCCACCUGGAGUUCAAGCGCCCGCAGGGCUUCCUGUACCGUUCGGGCCAGUGGGUUCGCAUUGCGUGCUUGAUGUUGGGCACCGAUGAGUACCACCCGUUCACUAUAACGUCGGCCCCUCAUGAAGAGACCCUGAGUCUGCACAUCAGAGCCGUGGGACCAUGGACCAGUCGGCUCAGAGAGCUCUACGCUGAGGAGAGCCUCCUGGAGCUUGGUUCCUAUCCAAAACUCUACUUGGACGGACCAUUCGGCGAGGGCCAUCAGGAGUGGAACAACUUUGAGGUAUCUGUUCUGGUAGGGGGAGGAAUAGGCGUCACACCGUUCACCUCCAUCCUCAAGGACCUGGUGUUCAAGUCCUCCAUCAAGUCCAAGAUUCUGUGUAAGAAGGUUUACUUCAUCUGGGUGACCCGCACUCAGCGUCAGUUCGAGUGGGUUUCCGACAUCAUCAGGGAGGUGGAGGAAAUGGACACACAGGAGCUGGUGUCUGUCCACACCUACAUCACUCAGGUGGCCGAGAAGUUUGACCUGCGCACCACCAUGCUGUAUGUGUGUGAGCGCCACUUUCAGAAGGUGUGGAACCGCAGCCUCUUCACCGGCCUGCGCUCCGUCACUCACUUUGGGCGCCCGCCUUUCGUCUCCUUUUUCAGCUCUUUGCAGGAAGUUCACCCUGAGGUCGGUAAAAUCGGUGUUUUCAGCUGCGGCCCGCCCGGACUGACCAAGAACGUGGAGAAAGCGUGCCAGACGAUGAACAAGAGGGAUCAGGCCCAUUUCAUGCAUCACUACGAGAACUUCUGAUCAGUUCGGAGAUUUGGAUCUCAGUGUCGCCGCAGCAACAACUUUAUUGAGAAAUAUUUUCACAAACCGUCAUAGUUGUUUAACAUGUUUUCUUAGCAGCGUUGUUCUCUAAUGAUUCUCACUCUGAUUGCAAUCAGGAGCAGGCAGAUUUAACACGUGCGACAUCAGAGAGAUGCAGUUUUUUCCAUGCUUUCAUUUUCCAAUCUGUUUAUUCAUAAGCUGAGCUGUUUAUUUGCGUGAUGCAUAUUCAGAUGGACUUGGACCAUAAUUGUUUGCAAAUGUAGGAACCUGUUUUAAAUGAGAAUGAUGAAUUUUAAUACCAUGCAUAUGUAUUUGGUGUGACUGUUAAAAAAAAAAAUCCUAACAUGUUCCAUCGUGUUUGACCUGGAAAAAAAAAACAAAAAAACUAAAAUGUUUCGUCUGACUUGGGGAGAUUAGAUUAUGUAAGGACCUGUGAGGUUUUGUGCAGCGAAGGCUUUCAAAUUUCUGCCGUCGGCUCCUUCUGGUGCAGCUCGCUUUCAGGCUGAAGCCGCCCUCGAAUUCAUCCAAACUCAUAAAUUGGAUUUAUUGGUUGACUGACAAGACAGACAGCGCAACUGUAAUGUAUAACUCUAUCACACAGUCUGCAGUCUGUGUGUGAAUCGUGUAAUCAUGUGAAUUAUUCACCGUUAACAGUCCUGCUUUGCUUAUUCACUCGAAUGAGUUGAUUAUUUGUCGGGGUUAGUGAACGCUUCACUGACUUUGUGAUCAGUUUAUUUAUUAUUUACUCUUCGGAUCAGGAAAGAGGGUUGCGUUUUCACAUUUUUACAGACUAGUCAGCAAACGAAAGAUCUUAGAAACAUGAAAGCUAAGGACUUGCAUGCAUACUUUAAGGGAUUCUUGUUUAUUUCAGUUUUUUUUUUUAGUUUUGAAGGCAAGCUAUCGUGCACAUAAAUGUAAAUCAGAUCAGUAAGCAACUCAAGUAUCUUUUAAAUUGUUGCCAGUAUUUCAGAUUUUUUAAACCCAAAUAAAUAUUUAAUGAAGUAAAGUGAGGCUUUUCAGAUACACCCUUGCAUUUUGAUUCGGUUGCAUGAAUCUUUUUUAAAACACAGUUAUUAGUACGGCAAUGUUAGACUCUCCUAAAGCACCAACCAGGCACCUAAAAGUCAAAAAUAUAUUACAAACUUAAAAAAAAAAAAACCAGCAACAGGAAUUUUCUACAAAUUGUCACAUUAUAACCACAAGCCACAGUGUAUUCCAUCAACAUGACAGGUGAAUGAAAACAGGUGGAAACACGUUAAAAUGAAGAUUAACAGCAGAAAAUGAUACAGCAGAGACAAAAAUACAAGGUAAAAGAGACUUAAGCAGUAAGUGGUUCCCUUAUAAAGGAACAUUUUUGACCAAUCUGUAUAAUAUGAUUGAAUUUGACUUUGUAAAGUGCCUUGA